AUGGUGGCAGUGAUGCAGCUUGUCUCAUUCUUUCUCUUCAUAUUCAUCCCAAUCACAGUGUCUGUUGAGAUUUUUAAGCUGGUUAACAGUUCUGUUCAACUGGAUGUACAGACAAAAAAUUAUGACUUCAUCGACUUCACAUGGAUAUUUAACAGAAGUAAAAACGUUGUGAAAUACUUGAAAAAUAAUCCAGCUUUCAGAUUCAGUGCUUAUAAAAACAGAGAAGAGUUGAAUGAGAGAAACCUAAGUCUGACACUGAAGAACUUGCAGAAGACUGAUAGUGGACUCUAUGAAGCAGCGGCAUCUGGUGAACAAAACCGAAUUGUGGCCAAGUACCAGUUAACUGUGUUGGAUCCGGUGAAGAAACCAGUCCUGAAUGUCUCUCCCCAGCAAAGCACUGACAUGUGUUAUGUGACUCUCAGCUGUGAAGCUCAGAAGCUCUCAGUCACCGCUCACUGCUACAGUGACGGUUGUGCUACGAAGAAAGAGACAUCAGCUGUAGAUGGGUUCCAUUCCCUCUCAUUGUAUAUCAGUAACAGCAUAAUUAUUUGUAAUCACAGCAACCCAGUCAGCUGGAAAAAUACAACUAUGGAGAUGGAAGAAGUGAAAAAACUCUGCCCUUCUGAUGGUGUAAGCAUGCACACAUACUGCAUGGAGUAA